GGGACCUUAGCCACCGUCCAUCUUCAGCUACAUUACAGUGAACGAGCUUGUCGAAAAGAAAAACACAUUUUGGAAGUAAAGAAGACUUUCUGGAAUUAGUUUUGGCUGUAUUUGAAAAAAGACAAACGAAAUCCCACACCCUAGACGGAAUGUGGACAUUGUCGUAGUUAGAGCCAUGGCUGACAAAAGAAAACUUCAAGGUGAGAUCGAUAGAUGUUUGAAAAAAGUAGCCGAAGGUGUGGAACAGUUCGAAGACAUUUGGCAAAAGUUUUCUGCAUUUCAGCUUCACAAUGCAGCCAAUGCAAACCAGAAGGAAAAAUAUGAGGCUGACCUCAAAAAAGAGAUUAAAAAACUACAGCGAUUGAGAGAUCAGAUAAAAACAUGGGUGGCCUCCAACGAGAUCAAAGACAAAAGGCAGCUAGUUGAGAACCGCAAACUUAUAGAGACGCAAAUGGAGCGGUUCAAAGUGGUGGAACGUGAAACAAAAACAAAAGCCUACUCUAAAGAAGGCUUAGGACUUGCUCAGAAAGUGGAUCCAGCUCAGAGAGAAAAGGAGGAAACGGGACAGUGGCUAACGAACACAAUAGACACUCUAAAUAUGCAGGUGGAUCAGUUUGAGAGUGAGGUGGAAUCUCUUUCUGUCCAAACGCGAAAGAAGAAGGGUGACAAAGACAAGCAAGAUCGUAUUGAUGAGCUCAAGCGGUUGAUUGAGAGACAUAGAUUCCACAUUCGCAUGUUGGAGACAAUUUUACGAAUGUUGGACAAUGACUCUGUGCCCGUGGAUGCAAUUCAAAAGAUCAAGGAUGACGUUGAGUACUACAUUGAUUCUUCUCAAGACCCGGACUUUGAGGAGAAUGAAUUCUUGUAUGAUGACUUGGACCUAGAAGACAUCCCUGCAGCGUUAGUUGCAACUUCUCCAUCAGGUCAGGGCAAUUUGGAAGAUGAGAUGUAUCUCCACUCUAGCAGCACUCCCACCUCCACAACCUCUUCUUCACCCAUACCUCCAUCCCCGGCCACUUGUACAGCUGAGAACUCGGAGGACGAUAAGAAAAGGGGACGGUCGACAGACAGUGAAGUUAGUCAGUCACCUGUGAAGAACGGCACCCCAUCCUUGUUAUCUUCUUUCUCUUCUUCUACCACCUCGGGGUCGUCUUCAUCUUCCUCCCUCGUGUCGAUGGCGAGUGUCGUUGGAGGCAUUCCCGCAGUUCCCACGAGCAGCAGUCUUAUAGGAAGCUUCAGCAGCGCAGUGCAACAACAUCAGCAGCAUCAAUCUGUACAACAGCAGCAACAACCUCAGCCAUCAAACCCGUUGCAGCAGCCACCUCACACAAAACCCUCUGUCCCGUCAAACACCCCCCCCAGUCCUCCCAGCAACCCGCUUCUCCCAACAUCCACUGCGCCCUCUCUCCCUGCUCCCAGUGCACCCAGUUUAUCAGCCCUCAACUCUCAGCCCAUAUCUGUACAAACCUCGGUAUCCAGUUUGGGACUUGGACUGGGACUGGAUAUAAGGAAAGGUGGCCUGACGGGGACCAGCAGUGCCAACCAAAUGCCAAGUUUAGGCUUGGGUGGCCAUCCCACUCCUUUAAACACCAUGGCGGGGCUCAUUUCAGGGUCCACACCUGCUCCUUAUGCCCAGGCAGCAGCAUCGGGAGGCUUGGGUCUGAGCAGCACCACUCAGUCCAGCAUUUUAGUGGAGAGCAGCACUUCCAUCCCCACCUCUGGCUCCAGUGGAGUCACCACCAACGGGGCCGGGACAGGGCUCGGUUUGCUCGGUUCCAGCCCAGCCCACACCUCACUAAGUGGGAGUAUUUUGAGUCUAGUCCCUGGGCAGAAUGUGGUUACUGGUGCCUCUCAGGUGCCCCCAAGUUCUGCUAGCAGCACCCCUGGAGUCGUUGGCAUGAUGGGAGGCAAUGGAGGAAAUGGUGUGGUAGGAGUAGGAGUGAAUGCCGCUCCUGCUAGACCACCAAGUGGACUGAAACAAAAUGGAAGCACAAGUUACAGUGCCGUAGUGGCGGAGAGCUCCACAGAAUCAGCCCUAAGCACACCGAGCCAGUCACAAAGCAGCCAACCCUCAUCACUCAGCUCUUCAGCCAGUCAGCCGAUGGACAAUGGCCCCAGCUUAAUCAGCUCCAUCACAUUGCCCCCCAGCUCUCCGUCCCCCUCGUUCUCAGACAGCACACCUGGUGGUGGGAGUCUUCUCAACGGGCCCCAUUCUUACACACAGGCCACGGAGGGCCUCAAGGCUCCGGAGCCUCUCAUCACUCUGAAGGCGAUGGCUGAGAGAGCAGCAAUGGUAUCUGGUCUGGACGGAGAGAUUCCCAACCUGCAUCUAACCGACAGAGGUCGUAAUGAUAUUUUCUCUGGUUCAUCGGCAGCGCCUGGCACACCCGCCACCCCUCAGCCGUCCGUGUCAGAGGUCAGCAUCCCACCCUCACUCGGGGUCUGUCCAUUGGGCCCAACCCCUCUCCCGAAAGACCAGCUUUACCAGCAGGCAAUGCAAGAGUCUGCAUGGACACACAUGCCACACCCCUCCGACUCUGAGAGGAUCAGGCAAUACCUGAUGAGGAAUCCCUGCCCCACGUUGCCCUACCACCAUCAGGUACCGCCACAUCACUCUGACUCCAUAGAGUUCUACCAGAGACUGUCCACAGAAACUCUCUUCUUCAUCUUCUACUACCUGGAGGGAACCAAGGCUCAGUAUCUGUCUGCAAAGGCGCUAAAAAAGCAGUCGUGGAGGUUUCACACCAAGUACAUGAUGUGGUUCCAGAGGCACGAGGAGCCCAAGACUAUCACUGAUGAGUUUGAACAGGGCACUUACAUUUACUUUGACUACGAGAAAUGGGGCCAGAGGAAGAAGGAGGGGUUCACCUUUGAGUACAGGUACCUGGAAGACCGAGACCUGCAGUGACACAUAAGAGGGACGUAAAAGGACAAAGACAAAACGUGCUGCUGUUGACAUUCCGAGACUGAACUCCAAACUGUGGAUAGAGAUUGUGAUGUGUAGUAGAAACCCUCUCCUGAAAUGGAGACUGGUGUCUGUAUAGGCUGCAUCUCAAUGUGAAGCCCUUGCUCCCCGUGUAGUGCUUUGCUUUUGACAAAAACGCCCCAUGGGUCUGAUCAAAUGCACCGCGUUGCACGAGCUGGGAGGGCUCUCCUUGGAGAUCUGCGUUUGUGCCUGUCUGUGUGCACACUCAGUAUGUGGCAUUAGGAAAGCCUAUCCCAUGCAUGUUUCUCAUUUUUUGUUUUCUUUUUCCGUUUCAACAUGAUUCUCUGUACCACCUACCCAACAUGAGCCUGGAAGCCUUUUGACUUGACACAAAGCAAACCUUGGAUUUAAUUGUUAAGCUGCCCAUCUUGUAUUUACUGUAAUUUGGUGGUUUAGAAAGGGGACGUACAGUGGACAUUUAGUUAAGGAGUGUAGGAAUGGCUUCUUUUAAGAUCUUACGAUGCCUGUUAAAUAUGGUCACUAUUGAAGAUAGUGAGCAGUUAUCAAUAAAUUUUAUUGAUAUUGUCUUGGUCGAUUAAAACAUGAUUGAGAGUGACCACAGGGCCUCUCCCUGUGACAGGGAAAGAGUCCUUAUUGGACAUGGAUUAAAUUGCUAUGCAAUUGAACUGGUCUCUGACUCCCUCUCUUUACAAAUAAAUGUUUUUAAGUUAAACUGUCAAAGAUAUUAUGGCGCCUUCAUGUUUGUGACUACUUGAUAAAACUUGUAGAGUAAAUUUUAAUAUUAGGAUGUGAGACAUUGUCUACUUAAUAUUUGAGUGUUAAGGAAUUCAAGGACUCAUUGAAGAAUUCUCAUCACCCUCAAUGCAAAAAGGCCAUACAGUGUAGUGAAUGUAGCUAUAUCCAAGUCAUCGCUUAAUUCAACACACACAACAUUGCACAAUAUGGUUUCAGUUAGGUCAGCUUCCCACCUUUUUCUGUUGGAAUCCACUGUGUUCAAUUUACCACCUGAUAUUUAGGUGAAACCCCUAUACAGUGAAUGUGCACUGACAACUGUUUACAUGUAGAGUUUAAACAUAGAAAUGCUACAACUCUGGUGGUAGAUUUAACUCGAGGGGGUUGAGUAUGAAAUGUUCAUCUGCUGUGGUUUCUCAUGUCUUGCCCGGAGUAAGAGUUGGUCUGAAAAUAUGGUGGGAGGGGCAUACUCUACUUUAUCUGGCAGUCUGAAUGGUCAGUGUUAAACUGAAUCUUGAUUUUUCUUUUUUUUAAGUUUUUUUUUUUUUUUCCCCCCAUUCAAGCAACCAUGAAAACUCUAGAUCUGUAUUGCAGUUGAUAUUGUGUGUGAUUAGUUUUCAGAAUUUUUCUGGGGGGAGGGAUGAUGAGGAAAAAAAAAUGUUACAUGCAGCAAAGUUCUGAGAUCUGCCUUUUAUAGAUUCUAUUUUUUGGGGCUUUCAGGGUUUACAGACAGGGAAGGCCAGUUAAGAAAUUGCUAAAAAUGUGAAUUUCAAGACAUUUACAAUUUCUCAUCACAGUUCUGCAUGGGAGAUGUCAUAACAUGGGGUUAUGAAAGGAUUGUAAAAAUUUCAAUAAAUACUUUUAAGAAAUUA